UUUUGUGUCAUUGACAUUUGACAUGUUUUGAAGGAAAAUAAAAAAGAAAUCAAAAAUGUGGAAAAAACAUAAAUGUAGAAAUUUCUGUAUGGAAUUAAAAUUUGUUUUGUAAAAAUUAAAUACAUAAAAAAUAUGCUAACUUGUGUAUGCGAUACUAAAAAUAUAACCCAAGCAAUUAGUUCCAAGUGAUAUUAUACGGUACUCGUGUACAAUUUCUGUGAGGCCGGCAACUGCCAAUUUCCAUUUCCAAUCAGUCUGCAUUCUACUCUGCACUUAUUAGUGUCCGGUUCCGCAUCUUUCUAUGUAGUAUGUGUUCCGACUGUUGUGAAACUAAAAAUUAAGGGAUAACGUUGAUGUUUAAAAUGGCUGACAUUACAAAAAGUAACGUUAAUUCAUCAGAACAAAAGAAGGGAUUGCAAAACAAUCACAUUCUAACGGUUCUGCUCAUUACCCUUGUAAUACCUCUAUCAAUGUCAAUGUGGAUAAUUAAUUUAGUUUAUUCAAAAUUUAUAUUAAAUACUGGAGGGUAUGAUGAACCAGUAGUCAUUGCACCAACAAGAUGGUUGACUUCUUGUUUCUUACCUAUUGUUGUAGCCAUAUAUGGAUAUAGAAGGAAGAGUCUGAACAUGAGUGGCGCUCUUCUUGGAUUACUUGUAGCAUUUGUACUUACUCUCUCUAACUACUGUUUUCUGAUGGACUUGCUGGUAUUCUUCCUGUCCUCUUCAAAGGCCACAAGGUUUAAACCACAUUUGAAAAGGAAGAUUGAGGAGGACUUUAAGGAAGGUGGACAAAGAAAUUGGGUUCAAGUACUUUGCAAUGGAGGCAUGGCUACUCAACUGGGGCUUUUAUAUUUGUUAGAUGUUGGUGCCUCAGAGAGGCCUAUAAACUUUUCAAAGGACUAUAGAGCAUCCUGGCUGAGUAUUGGUGUACUGGGUGUGUUUGCAUGCUGUAAUGGUGAUACAUGGGCGUCUGAACUAGGCACAGUGUUAAGUAAAUCUGACCCAGUUUUAAUAACAACAUGGAAACAGGUCCCUAAAGGAACAAAUGGAGCGAUCAGUGCUAUUGGGACUAUAGUCAGCACUCUGGGAGGGCUUGUCGUUGGGCUGACACAUUACUUAACUGUUUUAUACUUUUCGGACAGAACAUUACUUAUGUAUGCACCUCCACAGUGGUCUCUCAUUAUAUAUGGAGCAUUUGCAGGGCUUAUUGGCAGUGUCAUAGAUUCGUUGUUGGGGGCAACCUUACAAUACUCUGGUGUGGAUAAAGACGGAAAAAUAGUAUCACAUUCCAGUUUGAGUGUAAAACAUAUCAGCGGCCGAAACAUUCUGGAUAAUCAUAGUGUUAACUUAUUAACUACAAUAAUUAUGGGAGUAUUGAUGCCGACUAUCAUCAAAAAUGUGUAGUGUUAAAUCAAUUUCAUAACAUUUAAUGUAUUUAACGAGAAAUUAUUAAUAAUAUUAAUUCUAAUUCAGAUUAACAUUAGGAUAUAAAUUAUCGAGAAUUUUUAAUUACACUUUUUUUAUUAAACAAUUAAGUACUUAAAA